AUGGCCAUCGGUCAAGUGCCAGUACAAGUGAUGUGCGAUGUCAUGGACGGGUUCAAGCUCCACGUGGAGGACGUCGAUGGAGUUGGCGUCCCAAAGAUGUCAAUGGCCUUCUCCAUGAAGAUGAGCUUUCCAAUCCAUGACCUACUCAAGACACUCGUCUCUUGGCAGGAGCAUGAAACAGGCUAUGUUCAGGAGGAGCCUGCAGCACAAAGGGCGGUGGUCGACGAAGAGAGUCGUCGACGCGCACAGGAAGCCUGCAAAGCAGCUGAAAACCCAUCCACACCGCUGGUGAAUGCACCAUCCUACGCCGAGUACAAGACCCAGAACAACUGGGAACAAAUCUCCUGUCCGAAUGUGGUCGUGCUCAAUGAUGAGCAGAGACUUAGGGAAGCUACCUUCACUACGUUACCUCUCCCAGAACGUGUCGAAAUGACUUAUGCAAAGUUCAGAGAAGACAGGAGCAAGUCCGGCGCGGACUUGGCUUCUGGAGCAUCCUUGGGGAAAUGGCCGCAGAUGAAAGCGCCCCCACCUCAAGCAGCUCAAGCUCCUGAGAAAGCACCUCCCCUUGGCUGGAGGACUCCGCCAGCCGCUGUAAAGCCUGUCCCACCCGUCUCAGUGCAGCACAAGCCGCCUCCGGCAGGCAAGGCACCACCCAGAGAUGCGCGUGGUUGA